CAGCAUCACCCCGCGCCGUCUCUCAACAUGGCCGAGGUCCCUCUCUUCCAGUAUGGAUGGAUCCCCACCAGGUUAACACAGCCAGCUCACCAGGGCACUGUGAUCGAUAGAUUGAGCCUGUUCUCCGCGUCAAGCGAAUCUCACGUCCCAUGGAUCCAAGCCGUCGCCGACCUGGCCACCUCCGGCUGGUUGCAGGUUGCGACACUGUUUGUCUCCUUCCUCUGGACCGUGGCCAGCAUCCGCGCCUCCAAAGCUAUCAAGGUCGCGGCCCACCAUGCCAAGGCCUCCCAGGUCUCGGUCGGUUUUGAGCUCUGCUCGCAGAUCACCAGGGCCUGCGCUUUGGCAUUCAUUAUCGUAGCCGCUGUCAGAGGCGACACACAGCAAUGGUACAACGUCGCUCUCGUCGCCGGCGCAUUUGUCUUCGGCCUCACCAGGCUCGCCAGUGGUUUGCGAUGGCGUCACAUCGCCCUGCACCAGACUAACUUAUUCCUCGGCACCUCUCUUCUGCUGCUGGCAGCCGCCGAGGUUCUGCCCCUGAUGGAGAUGCACUCGACCUACCGGCCUGGUGACAUGAUAAUUGGCGCACUUGCUUCCCUCGCGGCCGCCAAUCUCGUUGCGAUUACUACGCCCAGGGAAUGGGCACCGUCUCCUGUCAUCUUCGACAUAUUGGACGCCCCGGAGAAAGUAGCCCCUGCGCCAGAGGAGACGUGCAGCUGGUGGAACCUCUACCUUACCUUUGAGUGGCUGACUCCUCUGGUCUGGAAGGGCUGCCGGAGGCCCGUUGACAUGGACGAGCUGCCGCCUCUGCCAUGGUAUGACGAGCCCCUGUACCUGCUCUCCAACAUCCAGGACGCCCGCGCCAAGAGCAGCGACACCCUUUGGACAGUCUUGCGCUUCUUGCGCGUUGAACUGCUACUGAUGUCCUUCUACGCGGCAACCUCCUACGCGGUCGAGCUUGUGGCCCCAUUCGCCAUGUACCAACUUCUAGCCUUCCUUUCCAAUCCUGACAAGGCCGUUCUGAGCCCUGUCAUCUGGCUCAUCCUCCUGUUCCUUGGUCCCAUGACCAAGACCGUCCUCUUCCAGCAGUACAUCUUCACCUCAACUCGGUUGAUCGUCCGUGUCAAGGCUGCCAUGACCCAGGAGCUAUAUCACCGUGCAAUGUCCUCCAUGGAGUUGGAAGGAGAUGUUCUGAAUGAUGCCAAGGGCCAAGAAGCCACAGCAAAAAAGGCCACACACGCGGGCCAACUACAAAACCUCAUGAGCGGUGAUAUCGAUGCUAUCUGGCAGGCGCGAGAUGUUAUCAUGAUGGGGGUCGGGUGCCCUGUGGGUGUCGUCAUCUCUUUCGUCGGCCUCUACGCCAUUCUGGGCUGGCCGGCUCUGAUCGGAUCCGCCCUCAUCAUAAUCUCCAUACCUGUUCCGACAUAUGUCGCGCAGUUGAUGGGCAAGAGCCAGCGCCAAGUCAAGGCAACGCAAGAUGCCCGGAUAUCCCUGAUCUCCGAGUACAUCGGCUCUAUCAGGGCCAUCAAGUACUUCGCCUGGGAAGAUGCCAUGGCAAAAAUAAUCGACGCUGCUCGAGAUGCAGAACAGAAGGUGCUAUGGAAGAUCGCCAUUCUUUACACUUUGCUCGGUGAGGCGGUAGAGUUCAUGCCAAUGGUGUCUCUUGUGGUCAUGUUCACGCUAUACACAUCAGUGCUCAAAGAGCCUCUCACUGCCCAGGUUGCGUUCACCGUUCUGUCGCUUGUCGCCACUAUGAGAAACAACAUUGCCAUGUUUGGCUAUUUUUCAAAGAACGUCACCAAUGCCUGGAUUUCCUUGGACCGCCUGAACAGGUACUUCACCAGCACAACUCCACUGAUCACUUACCCAGAAGGCCCGCUCCGAAUCGAGAAUGCCACAUUCAGGCGAAACAAGAAGGCGGACUUCUUGUUGAUGGACCUCUCCGUUGACUUCGUCGAAGGAGGAUUAAACACUAUCUUCGGAGCCUCUGGAAGCGGAAAGACGACGUUACUGCUUUCGAUCCUGGGUGAGACCAUCAAAGAAUCAGGUUCAGUGACACGGCCGGACGACGUCGCCUUUUCCUCCCAGACAGCGUGGCUCCAGAGUACGUCAAUCAAAGAAAACAUCCUCUUCUCCAGCCCUUUCGAGGAGACCCGUUACAAGCGUGUCAUCGAGGCAUGCUGCCUCCCUCUGGACCUCUCUGAACUCCCUGACGGAGACGAGACAGAGGUGGGGGAGAACGGGACGGCCCUGUCGGGAGGCCAAAAGGCACGUGUCGCUCUAGCCCGAGCCCUGUACUCCAAAGCGCCUCUGCUCCUCUUGGACGAUAUCUUCUCCGCGCUGGACUCCAAGACCACUGCCUCCGUGUGGGAGCAGUGCUUCUGCAGUGACCUGCUCAAGGGUCGCACGGUCGUACUCGUCACCCAGGUGAAGUGGAUCGCCGAGCAGGCCGAUCUGCACGUGGUGUUGGAGAACGGCAUCAUCACCAGCCAGGAGCAGCAUAUUGGUGUUGUCCGCAAGCCGGUGCAGAUCGCCAAGGAUGCAAUCGAGGGCGAUGGACCGGAGGCAAAGGCGACAACGAAUGGCAACGGAACGAAUGGCGUCAAUGGCGCCGAGGCAGCGAAAUCUGCUGAUACGCCGCCGAAACCAAAAAAGGACGACAUAACCAAGGAAAUGGAAGCUACAGGAGCAACGGGACGGAUGUCAUUCUUCCAAUAUAUGAGGUACUUUGGCGGCCCUGCGUAUCCCAUUCUGACCUUGAUUGCUACUGUUAUUGGCACUGCUUCGUUGCUAGCCACAACGUUGUGGAUCAGUGUCUGGGUGGACGCAGUCGAUAGUGGAGAUGCCGUUGACAUCGGAUUUUAUUUGGGAAUAUACGCGGCUAUAUCAGCGGGAAAUCUCAUUGUCGACGGCCUGGUAUAUCUGAUCUAUGCCAAUGGGGGCUGGCAGGCGGCGAAGAGACUUCAUGCCGAGUUCGUCCGCAGUGUCAUGAAUGUCUCACUGUCGUGGUUCAAGGAUACACCCACGGGUAGAAUUGUCAACAGGUUCUCGAGAGACAUGGCGUCGCUCGACAACCAACUCAACCGCAUGCUCCAAGGUACCAUCCAGCUAGCAGUCGAGCUGGUCUUCCGGCUGGGCGCCGUUUCGGCCAUCAUGCCCAUAUUUAUUUUCCCUGGUCUGUUCAGCUGCGUUGUUGGGCUUGUGGCGGGCGAGAUGUACACACGGACAGCAGUGGUCGUGAAGCGGCUGGUGUCCUCGUCCCAAUCACCAGUCUUUUCACAAUUCAACGACGACAUGGCAGGAAUCCAGAUCAUCCGUGCUCGCAAAGGCGUAGCCAAGAGCUUUGGAAAUCUACUGGCUGAGAGGUUACGCCCAUUCAACCGCGCCAACGAGACCAACUACAACCUCAACCGUUGGGUUGGCCUGCGCAUAGACUUUGUCACCGCCCUGGUCAUGGCUUGCGCGGGAGCCAUCGCUAUCUCAAAGGUCGGUCUUAUCCCCGCCGGCCUCGUGGGCUUCUCCCUAACCAACGCGAGCGGCCUGUCGUCGACGAUUCUCUACAUGGUUCGCAUCGCCAACGAGCUCGAGGUGGAGCUGCAAAGCUUCCACCGCGUGAGGGAGUACGCAUCGCUCGAGCCCGAGGAGAAGACAGAGGAUGCCGCCCUCACCCUAGCCGAACAGCAGUCACCCCAAGAGGUGCCGGCUUCAUGGCCCGCCACAGGCGCGAUCGAGUUCCGCAACGUGACCAUCCGGUACGACCCCGACGGCCCGGACAUCCUCAAGGACAUCACCCUCAAGUUUGCGGCGGGCGAGCGCGUGGCGGUCGUGGGACGGACCGGGUCCGGCAAAAGCACGCUCGUGCUGUCGCUGCUGCGCUUCACGCACGUCGUCAAGGGCCAGAUCCUGUACGACGGCGUCGACAUCACGCACGUGCCGCGGCGGCGCCUCCGACAGUCCCUGACCAUCAUCCCGCAGGAGGCGGUGCUCUUCAACGGCACCGUGGGCACCAACCUCGACCCGGCCGGCGAGGUCGCGCCCGAGGUGGUCGAGGGCGCACUAGCCAGCUGUGCGGGCAUCGCGAGCUUCAAUUUCCGCGACCGCGAGGUCCCCAAGCCCAGUGAUAUCAAGGAUAUCGAGGAAGAACAAGAAGAAGGAGCCGGGACCGCCACACCACCGACCGAACACACACCCCUGCUGAGCGGCAUCUCCACCCCGGCGGCAGAGGCAAUCUCCUCCUCUGCGGCAGGCCUCUCCACCUCGACGACCGUCGACGCGCGCGGCGAGAACUUCUCGCACGGCCAGCGGCAGGUCCUGUCGCUCUGCCGCGCGCUGGUCCGCAAGUCCAAGCUGAUGCUGCUGGACGAGGCGACGGCGUCCAUGGACUACGAGACGGACCACGGCAUCCAGGCGGUGCUGCGGCGCGAGAUCUUUGGCGGCGGGCCGUCGGACGGCGGGCGGACGCUCGUCACCAUCGCGCACCGGCUGAGGACUAUUGCGGAUUAUGACCGGGUCGUGGUUAUGGGUGGCGGCAGGGUUCUUGAGAUGGGCUCGCCCAAGGAACUCUUCGGGGCAAAGGGGACGUUCUACGACAUGGUGCAGCACUCGGGCGAGGUCAAGGAGCUGCAGAGCGUCUUUAGCGAUUCUGAGUAGUAGACCCCAACGGGGAUAUUCGAAACAAAAAAAAAAGGGUUAUUAGAACGUAAUAAUGAAGGGAAACGACAUGGUAUAAGGGGGUAUAGACAGUGCCACCAAUUGGGCGGUAUAGAUCUCUUCCAUGGAUAUUGAAUGCGGUGAAGUUUCUCACUGACUGGGGAUGGGGAGUGAUAUCAGCCGCUGGCACAUAUUGGCACCCAAGCACCCGGGGACGACAUGGACCGUAAACAGAGCACAAAGUUUAGGCACAAAGUUUAGAAUUAUUGUCUUUUUCAUU